GCAGGGAGCGCGGUCGCCAGCCGGGCCGAGCCGGGAGCUACGCCUCUCGGUGACUGGUGGAUCCGCGAACCCGGGGACUUCCACGGUGCGCGCCCCCGAAGCGAAGCAGCGUCCCCAAGCUUUUGAGAACCCAGACUGCUGUCGUGCGCGCCCGCGAGUCACUGCAGAGUCCCAACGCCUCUGAAAUGCGAUGGCUCCUGACAUAAUCCCAGCACUGGAGAGGUAGAGACAGAAGAAUCUUGGGAUUUGCCAACCCUCCAGUCUAGAGUAUCUGGUACUUCUCCACAUACCUUCCAGAACUCUGAAGGGGUGCAGACAUGGCGGGCAAUGCUGCGGACAGUGCCAACCACCUGGCCUACUUUUUUGGCAACAUCACCCGGGAAGAGGCUGAAGACUACCUGGUUCAGGGAGGCAUGACCGAUGGGCUCUACCUGCUACGCCAGAGCCGCAACUACCUGGGUGGUUUUGCUUUGUCGGUGGCACACAACAGGAAAGCACACCACUACACCAUCGAGAGGGAACUUAACGGCACCUAUGCCAUCUCCGGGGGUAGGGCCCAUGCCAGCCCGGCAGAUCUCUGCCAUUACUACUCCCAGGAACCUGAUGGCCUUGUCUGCCUCCUGAAGAAGCCUUUCAACCGGCCCCCGGGGGUACAGCCCAAGACUGGACCCUUUGAGGACCUGAAGGAGAACCUCAUUAGGGAAUAUGUGAAACAGACCUGGAACCUUCAGGGCCAGGCUCUGGAGCAAGCCAUCAUCAGCCAGAAGCCCCAACUGGAGAAGUUGAUUGCCACCACAGCCCAUGAGAAGAUGCCCUGGUUCCAUGGCAACAUCUCCAGAGACGAAUCAGAGCAGACGGUCCUCAUAGGGUCAAAGACCAACGGAAAAUUCCUGAUCAGGGCCAGAGACAACAGUGGCUCCUAUGCACUAUGCUUGCUGCACGAAGGGAAGGUAUUGCACUAUCGCAUUGACAGGGACAAGACCGGGAAGCUCUCCAUCCCUGAGGGGAAGAAGUUCGACACCCUCUGGCAGCUAGUGGAGCAUUACUCUUACAAACCAGAUGGGUUAUUAAGAGUCCUCACGGUACCAUGUCAAAAGAUUGGCGCACAGAUGGGUCAUCCAGGAAAUUCAAAUGCCCAUCCUGUGAGUUGGUCACCGGGUGGAAUAAUCUCAAGAAUCAAAUCCUACUCCUUCCCAAAGCCUGGCCACAAAAAGCCUGCCCCACCCCAAGGGAGCCGUCCAGAGAGUACUGUGUCCUUCAACCCCUAUGAGCCAACGGGAGGGCCCUGGGGCCCAGACAGAGGCCUUCAGAGAGAAGCCCUGCCCAUGGACACAGAGGUGUAUGAGAGCCCUUAUGCUGACCCUGAAGAGAUCAGACCCAAAGAAGUCUACCUGGACAGAAACCUGCUGACCCUGGAGGACAACGAACUGGGCUCUGGUAACUUCGGGACUGUGAAAAAGGGAUACUACCAAAUGAAAAAAGUUGUGAAGACAGUGGCAGUGAAAAUCCUGAAGAACGAGGCCAACGACCCGGCUCUGAAGGAUGAGCUGCUGGCAGAGGCGAACGUCAUGCAGCAGCUGGACAACCCCUACAUUGUGCGCAUGAUCGGAAUCUGUGAGGCAGAGUCUUGGAUGCUGGUGAUGGAGAUGGCGGAGCUGGGGCCCCUCAACAAGUACCUGCAGCAGAACAGGCACAUCAAGGACAAGAACAUCAUAGAGCUGGUUCACCAGGUUUCCAUGGGGAUGAAGUAUUUGGAAGAGUCCAAUUUUGUGCACAGAGACCUGGCUGCAAGGAACGUGCUUCUGGUCACCCAGCACUAUGCCAAGAUCAGCGAUUUCGGUCUUUCCAAAGCCCUUCGUGCUGAUGAAAACUACUACAAGGCCCAGACCCACGGGAAGUGGCCCGUGAAGUGGUACGCCCCUGAAUGCAUCAACUACUACAAGUUCUCCAGUAAGAGUGACGUCUGGAGCUUCGGGGUCCUGAUGUGGGAAGCGUUCUCCUAUGGACAGAAGCCAUAUAGAGGGAUGAAAGGAAGCGAAGUGACCGCCAUGCUGGAGAAAGGAGAGCGGAUGGGGUGCCCUCCAGGAUGUCCGAGAGAGAUGUACGACCUGAUGAACCUGUGCUGGACUUACGAUGUGGAGAACAGGCCAGGAUUCACAGCCGUGGAACUGCGGCUUCGCAAUUACUACUACGACGUGGUUAACUAACAGCUUGGGCGCCUGUCCGUGCACACCUCAGAUUCUCAAGCGGUCACUGGAACUUCAUUCAGAUGACUCGCUCUUAGUUUCAUCUCCCUCUGCAUGGAGUGAGAGCUAACCAAGCAAAGCUAAGACUCACUCUCAUAACAGUUCUGGUCCCAGAGGACAGACAAGCAGCAAGACCUCGGGGCCUGUGGAUUUGUCUAUCUGGCUUUUAUUUCCAUCUGUGUGGUUUCCGUUAUGGGUCACUUUCGGGAACUGUUUCCAAAUUUCUCUUGACGUCAUUCUGUUCCUCUGGGUCCAGGAUUUUCGUGUCCCCUACAGAUCAGAAAAAUAAAAAAAAAAGUGCUGUGCCACUUCAGCAAAGGACAUAAAGAGAAACGUCACCGGUGCAGUCAGCAGGCCAGAAGGUGGUAAAGGAAAAUGGCAAGCCUGAACACCAUUUUUUUUUUUGCUCUCGGCCCUGAGACAGAAAUACCAUGUGGUUGAGAUGCUGAGAUUCGCUGAGACGCGCUGACUCGGCUUACACGCCCCUGGAGUCCACAUCCCUACAGGAUGACUUGAAGGCCGCUGUUGUGUGCUUGCAGGAGGAGGUGUGAAUAACAUUCUGCAUGGAGGCUGCUGGGGAAAGGUGGGCUCCCAUGAUCCUCUUCGACUGAGCAGAGUGUGUCAGGCAUGGGUCAGACUCCCUCUCCUCUUUGGAGAGAAUGCAUCCAGGACUCCUUUUUGCUGCCACAGAAUACCCAACCAGCAACUUAGGGAGGAAAGGCUUAUUUGGGCUCACAGUUGGAGGGCAUAGGCCAUCAUGGAGGAAAAGAUGUUGCAACAGGCAGGAUCAGCUUGGUGGCAAGAACCAGAAGCUGGAAGGUUAUGUUGUAUCCACACUCAGGAAGCAAAGAAUAAGCAGGAAGUAGGACCAGGAUAUAAGGCCCCAAAGCCCACCCUUGGUGUCCACUUAAUCCAACACAGCCCCACCUCCCAAAGGUUCCACAGGCCUCUCAGACAGUGAAUGCCAACAGCUGAUGAUCAAGUGUUCAAAUGCAUGAGCCUUGGUGGGGGAGAGGCAUUUCACAUUCAAACCACAAGAGGACCCAUCCAUUUUCUGUUGCUAUAACUGAACGGCUAAAUAGGGGGAAUGUACAAAGGAAAGAAAUGUAUUUCUUAGUUGUACAUCCUUCUUCUCUGAAGGUUGGAACUGCCACCAGCAAGGUGCAGUGCCAGGCAGGGACCUUCCUGAAGGUUACACAGUGAGAUAUCCUGACAGAGUGGAUGAGCCAGCUCAGGUCUGUCUUCCUCUUAUGAGCCCCUGAUACCAUCUCAGAGCCCGCCUUGGGACCCUGCCUCAUCUUGAUCCUCCCCCAGAGACCACGUCUCCAAACGCCAUGCCAAUGAACCUAGGUAGUAAGCCUUCAGCGCAUGAACCCUGAGGGGACACAUUCACACUAGAGCAGAUGGCAGCAUGGUGACCAAGACCAGCUCAAGAUGAGUUUCUGAAUGGAAUUUUAAUUCACAAUUAAACCAGAGAUGUGACCUUCCCCACAAGUAA